UUAUAAAGAUGGCAAAUAAAUAAAAAAGAUUUACAGGAAGAAAAAAAAGAACCCAAAAAGAGAAAUAGAUUAUUUUUUUCCACAAAAUUUUAUUUCUUUCUAUCUUCUUCCGUUCAUCUAGUGAUUCAUAAACAAAAACAAAAAUGAAUCAAACAACCCUAAACAAAAACAAAUGAUCCGAAAGUUUCGACCUUGAUCACAAACAAUAAAAGUUCCAUUCUUUUUUUUUUUUGAGAUCUCAAAAACAUUCAUUGAUUUUUUUUUUUUUUAUAAUAGCAGCGAAUCUGAGUUCAUGUCCGCGAGGAAACACCCCGAUCCUUGCAACCACUUGUCUGAUUACAAGCUUAGAUACGGCACCGAUGGUUACAAAUCGUUCCAGAACAUGUUCUCCGCAUCCCUCAGCGACGGAAGAAUCAAGAUCAAACUCCAACCAGAAACAAAAACACCACCCAGAUGCAGUCACUGCUCUCUUCUCCAUCCUCAUCACCACAACCACAACAGCAAGAGACUCUACAUCUGUCUGAUCUGCCGCUCGAUAUCCUGCUCAAGCCACCUCCUUUCUCACACCCAAUCCAACAAAGGCCACGAUUUAGCCGUCGACGUCGAAAGAUCCGAGCUUUACUGCUCCUCCUGCGUGGAUCAAGUCUAUGAUCCCGACUUCGACGAGGCUGUCGUGUCCAAACACCUUGUUGGUACUCGUGUUAAUAAAGAUGCUGCUGUUAGUGGUGUUGGUAUCAGAUCGAACAAGAAGAGGAGGUUGUCUGCGGACUCGCAGCAGUUGAUUAUAGGGUCUAAGCAGUUCCUGGUGGAUCGGAGGGAGAAGUGGUCGUUCCCUUUAGGGCUGAGAGGUUUGAAUAAUCUCGGGAGCACUUGUUUCAUGAACGCUGUCUUGCAAGCCCUUGUUCACGCUCCUCCUCUCAGGAACUUUUGGUUGAGUGGUCAGCAUAACCGUGAUCUCUGCGAGAGGAGAUCCAUGGGUCUGUUGUGUUUGCCUUGUGAUCUUGACCUCAUCUUCUCCGCUAUGUUUUCUGGUGAUCGGACUCCUUAUUCCCCUGCUCAUUUGCUUUACAGUUGGUGGCAGCACUCGACGAAUCUAGCUACUUAUGAGCAGCAAGACUCUCACGAGUUCUUUAUUUCGCUUUUGGAUUGUAUUCAUGAGAAUGAAGGCAAGUCCAAGUGUCUUUAUAAAGAUCAUGAAGAGUGUCAGUGCAUUACUCACAGAGCAUUCUCUGGUCUUUUAAGAUCAGAUGUGACCUGCACAACGUGCGGAACCACCUCAACGACAUACGACCCUUUCAUCGACAUUUCGCUUACUCUAGAUUCAUCGACGGAUCGAAGCAGAAAGAGCAGAAACAGCGGCAGCGGCGGGGAGCCGAGCGUGAACGCGCCGAUGAUGCCGACGCUCUCCGGGUGCUUAGACCUCUUCACUCGGUCGGAGAAACUCGGUCCCGACCAGAAACUGAACUGCCAGAGCUGCGGAGACAAGAGAGAGUCUUCGAAACAAAUGUCCAUAAGAAGACUCCCUCCGCUCCUCUGCCUUCACGUGAAGCGUUUCGAGCACUCUCUCACCCGCAAGGCCUCGAGGAAAAUCGACAGCUACUUGCAGUACCCUUUCCGCUUGAACAUGUCUCCUUACCUCUCUUCCUCCAUCAUUGGCAAGCGGUUCGGGAACAGGAUGUUUGCAUUUGAUGGAGAAGGCGAGCACGACGGUUCUUCAGCAGCGUCUGAGUUUGAGAUAUUUGCGGUUGUGACUCACUCGGGGAUGUUGGCGUCUGGUCACUACGUGACGUACCUGAGGCUUAAAGGGUUGUGGUAUAGAUGCGAUGACGCGUGGAUCAAUGAGGUUGAAGAGGAGGUGGUGAGAGGGUGCGAGUGUUAUAUGCUCUUCUAUGCGCAGGAGAGAGUGAUUCAAAAGGCUCACAAGGAGUUGAGUUAUCAAGUUAUCUCCAUGGCUGAUGCAUUUCCCUUUGAUUGAUUGUUUGCUGAUCGUCUCUCUUUUUUUUUUUACUUGGCCAAAGAUUUUGAUGCAUUUUUACCUUAAAUACUUUUUUUUAUUGAUUGAAGGUUAAUGCAAAAUAUUUGGGAAGUCAAGUUUAAAUGAAGAAUUUUUUUUUACAAUA